AUGUCAUACACUGAGCUUGAACAUGGUUAUCAAGGCUUGCGGCAAGCUACUCAACCACAAUUUUAUGUUGGAGAUGAUGGGAAUCUUGUUCCUAUAAGAUCACCUGGCGAAUUAGAUCUGUGCGAACCCAUAGAUCCGCACUGUGAUGGCGGGGGUAAGAAAGUGGUGGUCGGCGUAUGCGCCAUGGCCAAGAAGUCGCAAUCGAAGCCCAUGAAGGAAAUACUUACUCGCCUUGACGAAUUUGAAUACAUCAAGAUGCUAGUUUUCCCUGAGGAGGUUAUCCUUAAGAAACCGGUUGAGGAGUGGCCGAUCUGUGAUUGCUUAAUCUCCUUUCAUUCUAAAGGCUUUCCUCUCGAUAAAGCCAUUCAGUAUGAGAAGUUAAGGAAACCAUAUGUUAUAAACAAUCUUCACAUGCAAUAUGAUAUUCAGGAUCGUCGAAGAGUGUAUGCUAUAUUAGAAGGUGAGGGUAUUGAGAUACCAAGAUAUGCUGUCUUAGAUAGAGAUUCACCGGAUCCAAAACACCACGAGUUAGUGGAAUCGGAGGAUCACGUAGAAGUGAAUGGUGUUGUAUUUAACAAACCUUUCGUGGAAAAACCGGUGUCGGCAGAGGACCACAAUAUUUACAUUUAUUAUCCGACUUCGGCUGGUGGUGGAAGCCAGCGUUUGUUCAGAAAGAUUGGUAGUCGGAGUAGUAUAUAUUCUCCGGAAUCUAGAGUAAGGAAGACCGGCUCGUUUAUUUACGAAGAUUUUAUGCCUACAGAUGGAACAGACGUAAAAGUGUACACGGUGGGGCCAGAUUAUGCGCAUGCUGAAGCUCGGAAAAGUCCUGCCCUUGACGGCAAAGUGGAACGUGACUCUGAGGGCAAGGAGAUCCGAUAUCCUGUUAUUCUCUCCAAUCAAGAGAAGUUGAUAUCGAGAAAAGUAUGCUUGGCUUUUAAACAAACUGUUUGCGGUUUUGAUUUAUUGAGAGCGAACGGUAAGUCGUUUGUAUGCGACGUGAACGGUUUCUCGUUCGUGAAGAACUCGAACAAGUACUAUGAUGACUGCGCGAAGAUCCUUGGCAAUAUGAUAUUGCGUGAACUGGCGCCCACUUUGCACAUUCCAUGGUCGGUACCCUUCCAGCUCGACGACCCGCCUAUAGUACCUACCACCUUCGGUAAGAUGAUGGAACUGCGUUGCGUUGUUGCCGUCAUACGACACGGGGACCGCACACCUAAACAGAAGAUGAAGGUCGAAGUGCGCCAUCCGAGUCAAAUGUCGCAAGUAAAAACACGACAAAAGACAUCCUGUCCUGUGUUUGGUUUACCAGAGAAGUUACCCGUAGCUCAAUUACCAACUUAUAAUGAUGUAAUGAAAAAUUAUUUAUUCAUUAAAUAUGAAUUAAAGCCUGACAAAAAAACAAAAGAGCCGACAAUUCAUGACAUAUCCGAAAGAUUGGCUCAGGAAGUUUUAGAAAUUUGGCGAAAAGCGUCGCUGCCAACAGUCAGUCUUAAGAGAGUAUUACAACUUAUUCGAUCCUACCAUGACAAAUAUAGAAGCUUAAUGAAACCUUAUCGAGGCCGUCAAUUAAACAAAAAAUAUCAAGAGAAGAUAAAUACAUUCAUAACUGAGUCUCAUAGAUUAUUUGAUGUUUGCAGUUGCAAAUGCAAACUUAUUUCAGAUUGCACUUGUUCAAAAGACAGUCGUGUUCCCAAGGAAGAAAUAAAAUUUUUACUCGACCAAAGGACAACAAGAAAAAUGAUGAUAGGUGGUGUAGAUUUGGUUACAACUGUAAAAAAUAAGAGAAAACUAGAAAGACAAGAAAAAAGUUUAUUGCGUAACAAAGAGAUAUUUGAUCCCAACAAACCGUGUUGUUCUCGUUCGUUGCCUCAUGAUGAUGACUUGACGAUCGAAAGCACCAGUUCAAGCAAUAGCGUAGCUUCUAGUCCUUAUCAAUCGCCAAAACACGUAGCGAGACUACCAAAAACCCCACCACCACCAAAAAAAAAGAAGUUAAAUUUAUCAUCAUUAGCCCUCGCUUGCGAUCGUACUGGAGUCUCCGACAGAGCCGCUGCUAUUAUAGCUUCUUCUGUGUUAAAAGAUGUUGGCAUUAUUUCAACGAAGGAUCCAAGCGGUGUCAUUGAUCGUUCUAAGUUGCGUCGUGAAAGAACUAAAGUCAGAUCAUCUUUACAAGACGCAGAUCGUAAUAAAAUCAUACGCGGUAUUUAUUUUGAUGGCAGAAAGGAUAAGAGUUUAGUAAAUAUUAAGAAGGAAGGCAAAUUUUACAGAAAAAGAGUAACAGAAGACCAUUAUGUGAUUUUAUCGGAGCCAGGAAGUGAUUAUUUCGGGCAUGUUACGUGUGAGUUGGGAACCGCUAAAGGUAUUCAAAGUACAAUUAUACGUCACCUGAAAAUGAAAUCGGUGGAUCUGAAUAAAAUAGCUGUUGUUGGUUGCGAUGGAACUGUCGUGAACACAGGUUCCAAAGGUGGUGUUGUUCGUUUGAUGGAAGAAGAACUUAAGAAACCAUUACAGUGGUUUAUCUGCCAAUUGCAUUCAAAUGAGUUACCACUGCGACAUCUGUUAUUACAUUUGGAUGGAAAAACCACAGGGCCUAAAUGCUUUUCAGGUCCUAUCGGCUCUGAAUUACAAAAAUGUGAAACAAUGCCAAUUGUCGAAUUUACCGUCAUUCCUUCAACAUUACCUGAAAUUCCUAGAAAUGAUUUGAGCACCGACCAAAAAUAUCUUUAUGAUGUGAUGAACGCUAUCAGCACUGGCGUCUUUACUUCCGAUUUGGCUAAUAUCGAACCUGGACCCCUUAGCCAUUCUAGAUGGCUUACAACAGCAAAUCGAAUUCUAAGAUUAUAUGCUACUAAAACAGACCCCCUAGAAAACUUAAUGAUAUUAGCCACAUACGUGAUGAAAGUUUAUGGUCCGAUGUGGUUCACUAUAAAGUGUAAUCCAUCAUGCAUAAAUGGAGCUAAGCACCUGUGGCAAACGAUUAGCCUGACUCGCUAUUUGAGCGCGGAUUUGAAGAUAGUCAUUGAUAAGGUACUCAUACGAAAUGGAUAUUUCGGGCACCCAGAAAAUAUUCUUAUUGCUAUGCUUGGAGAUGACAGAGAAAUCAUUCGAGAACUAGCAUGUCAACAAAUUUUGAAAGCUAGAGCAGAGAAUGAUCAAGGACUUCGAACGUUCAAAGUGCCUCCUUUAAAUUUCGAUGCUGAAGAUUAUACCGACCUCAUUAAAUUCUUCGAGAUAUUUGAGAAAUAUGAGGGGUUUAAAAGAGGCCACGUUAAACUUAAGCGACCGAAACAGUUACAAGAGAUUUUAGACAUCUCGCGAGCCUUGCUAGCUGAUAUACACACACGUCACGCAGACCCUGAGAUAGAAGAGAAACAGGGCAAGCUAGAGCAGCUUAAAAGUGUGUUGGAGAUGUACGGGCACUUCUCGGGCAUCAACCGCAAGGUGCAGAUGAAGUACCAGCCGCGCGGUCGGCCGCGGGGCUCCAGCUCCGACGACGGUAACGCGCCUGCGCACGCCGUAGGCAGUGUCGGGGAGCCGUCGCUCGUGCUGAUCCUCAAGGGGGGUGGCGAGCUGACGCCGGCCGGACGCAUCCAGGCCGAGGAGCUCGGCCGCAUGUUCCGCUGCAUGUAUCCCGGCGGACAGGGUCGCCACAUACCCGGUGAAAGUGGAACCCAAGGACUUGGCCUGCUUCGUCUUCACUCGACGUUCCGACACGACUUAAAGAUAUACGCAUCAGACGAGGGCCGCGUGCAAAUGACUGCCGCUGCCUUUGCUAAAGGCUUGCUGGCUUUGGAGGGAGAACUCACUCCUAUAUUGGUUCAAAUGGUGAAGUCUGCUAAUACAAAUGGAUUGCUGGAUAACGACUGUGAUUCCUCAAAAGUACAAAAUAUGGCGAAGGCGCGACUGCACGAGGCCAUGCAGGUGGACCGCGAGUUCACGGAGGAGGACCGCGCGUGCAUCAACCCAUGCGGCUCGCUCAGCAUCGCCGCCGCCAUGGACUUCGUCAAGAACCCCGUGCGCUGCUGCGCGCACGUGCACUGCCUCAUACAGCGGCUCGUGCACAUCGUGCAGCUCAAGAAGGAUGACCACAAGACUAAAGAUACCAUUUUAUAUCACGGCGAAACAUGGGAGCUGAUGGGUCGACGGUGGGGGAAAAUAGAGAAGGACUUCUGUACAAAGAAUAAAACCUAUGACAUAUCAAAGAUCCCGGACAUCUAUGACUGCAUCAAGUACGACCUGCAACACAACCAGCACACACUACAGUUCGACCAAGCAGAAGAGCUCUACAUAUACGCUAAGUAUUUAGCGGACAUUGUGAUACCGCAAGAAUAUGGCUUAACAAUGAAAGAAAAACUGACUAUCAGUCAAGGUAUUUGUACGCCGCUUCUUAAGAAAAUACGGGCAGAUUUGCAAAGGAACAUUGAAGAAUGCGGUGAAGAGACUGUCAAUAGAUUAAAUCCAAGAUACAGUCACGGGGUGUCGAGCCCGGGCCGGCACGUGCGCACGCGCCUCUACUUCACCAGCGAGAGCCACGUGCACUCGCUGCUCACCGUACUGCGCUGCGGCGGUCUGCUCGACCGCCUGUACUUCACCAGCGAGAGCCACGUGCACUCGCUGCUCACCGUGCUGCGCUGCGGCGGCCUGCUCGACGUGAGUCGUCUCCCUUUUAUAUAUCUAACUAUACAUCUAUGUACAUACAGCGCCUGUACUUCACCAGCGAGAGCCACGUGCACUCGCUGCUCACCGUGCUGCGCUGCGGCGUCUGCUCGACGUGAGUCGCAUCCUUUCUAUAUAUCUGUAUACAUACAGCGCCUGUACUUCACCAGCGAGAGCCACGUGCACUCGCUGCUCACCGUGCUGCGCUGCGGCGGUCUGCUCGACGUAUUAAAAGAUGAGCAGUGGCGACGCGCAAUGGAGUACGUGUCGAUGGUGUCAGAACUGAACUACAUGUCGCAAAUUGUUGUAAUGUUGUAUGAGGACCCCACCAAAGAUCCUUGUUCCGAAGAAAGAUUUCACGUGGAGCUGCACUUCAGCCCGGGCGUGAACUGCUGCGUGCAGAAAAACCUGCCACCCGGGCCCGGGUUCCGACCGCACAGCCGUAACCACUCCACCACCAACAACUCGGUACCGCGCCUCGUACCGCCGCCACCUCACCAUCACGUCACCGUCACGCCACAUGGUGACGUGGUGCAGAGCUCGUCAGAUGAGGUGAAAUGUAUCGAAGAAGAAGAAGGGGAAGACGAUCAAAUGGCCAGCCAGGAAACGCUGCAACCGGAUUGCUUGGACGAUAUGGAUAACGCUUUUUCACUCAAAAGUAUGGCAAAGUCUAAACUGAUGCCUUCAAAUCCUAUCCCUAUAUGCAACCUCCACUACACGGUGACCGGGCACGAGGCGUCGUCGCUGGCGGCGCGCCUCACCGAGGAGCUGCGCGCGCGCAGCCACCCGCCCCCCGACCCGCGCCCGCACUCCCAGAGCGAAGAGAAGGAAUCUAAAACAUCCGAGGAAGCGCAGCCUUUAGCGCGCAGCUACGAUCAACACAAACAAUCACACGAUAACGGUCGGCGCCAGCGGCACAGCAUCGCCGGCCAGAUGAGCUACCUCAAGAUGUUGGGGCUGGGCGCACGCGGGAAAUUGACCGGCGCCGCGGGUCUCUUCAGCACCGCCGUCAUCUCCGGCUCCAGUUCGGCGCCGAACUUGCGCAUCAUGAUCCCCGCCACCGCCGCCAACAACACGGCGCUGGAGGGCUUCGGCGGCGUGCCGGCGAUCCGUCCGCUGGAGACGCUGCACAACGCGCUGUCGCUGCGGCAGCUGGACGCGUUCCUGGAGCGCGUGACGGCCGCGCCCGCGCCGCUCGGCACGCCGCCGCACGCGCCGCCCCCGCCGCCUCUGCCGCCCGUGCCCCUCACGCCCGCCGCCAAGCGGCCCUCGCCUACCAGCAGCACAGGCUGGAGCGGGCCGUCGUCGCUGAUGUCGUCGUCGGGCGAGCUGACGAGCGGCGUGUCGUCGACCGGGCCCUCCUCGCCCACUUCCGCGCACGCCGACGCGCGCAGCGGCGACAGCAAUUGGAGUAAAAAUGUGCCGAGCAAACUCCCCCAGUGGGACGGUGAGGCGGCGACGUUGUGCGCGUUCGACGUCAGUCUGCACCCAUUCAUGCCGCACACCAAUGUAGCAGGUUCCUAUAUUAGCGGCGACGUGACUCCGGUGUCGGCGGCGUCCGAGCUGGAGUUCAACAGCAACGAGGCCACGGCCGGCUCCGGCACUGACCGUGAGCUGCUGAGCGCAGAGGGUGAAGACGACGAAGAUACAUUAUCCACAGACGCAUGUUCUUCAAUGAGAAUAAUAAAAAAUGAUCUAACGCCACAUAGUUCUGGAACAGCCAUGAAGUUGUACAGCUGCCAACCUUUGACCAGCAGUACCUCCACAGAACUAUACGGACUAAAUUUGCAGCAAACUAAAGAAAAUCUUUACAAAGAUAUGCCCUCUAGUAGUAAAAAUUAUAACCAUGAAACUGGUGUGAAAAAUAAGUGUUUUAAAGGAGAACGUUCCCUCCAAUGGAGCAAUCUGGAAACGAUGAAUUUGCAGAGUAAAGAAAAAGAUAAAAAUAUAAUAAAAAUAAACGACAUUUUGAACAAUGGAAGUAGAAGAUAUAGCGAUAGUAGCGCACAGAAAAGUAAUCGCAAUUCACACGCGUUAGUUCCAGCCAGUAGGUUCACGACGACGUUAGUCGACGAGGAUCAGCUCCGAGCGAGCACAUCAAGCGAGAAUUGUGAACAUCGUGCUGAUUCCACAGAGGCUUUUCUUGUGUAG